UCCUGCCCUGCCUACACGAUCUCGAGAUUGUGGGCGCGCAUUCCAAGCCUAUUUCCUGGUUCAGAGUAUGAUUUGAGCAAAAAUGGAGACAGAGGGACCAAAGCCAAUAAGAUCCCUUCAUUCUGACAUUCCGAAAUUUGUUAUAUUUGUUAACAGGACUAACAAACUUGCGAGGGCAUGGUGGCUUGAUUUUUCAGGAAACCCAGUCUCUUAUGGCGAUAUUCCACCAAAUGGAGAACUUCACAUGAAUACUUUUAUAACACAUCCGUGGAUUUUUAGGACCACGGAGAAUGGCGCAGCACUCGCAGCCAAUCAACAAGACGUGUGUUACCCAACUUUAGAAGUAGACAUCGUGAAUAUUACAACACCAGUGUACUCGUUAUACGCAUGCUGUUUGAUGGCGAUAAGGCGUUUGGUGACAAGUCAGCAAGAUCUCAACAUACUAGACAUUCCUCAAACUUUGAAGCAAGAUCUCUUAUCCCCACCCAAUUUAAGAGAGGAGCUUAAAUUAUUGAAUUCCAGUGCGCCCUGAACUGUCAAGAUCACGCUGCUGCUGGUGUCACUUUAUUGCCCACCUGCCUUUAUAGGGCUCUUUAUUCUUCUCUUGACCUGGUGGAAACUUGAAUUUUGUUGUCCCAUACUUGCCUCACCAUAGUACCAUUAGAUUUCCAAUAAAAACUGACAGUUUGUGUUUGUUGUUCUUUCUGGGUACCAAGAAAGGCCUAUGCUUGUAUAUCAGCAUUUAGGCUACUGAAGCUCUGUUUGUGUACACCAGCUUUGUAAACACACUAACUUCUUAAACUAAACACCUUGAAAAGUAACACUAUGUAGUGCAUUGUGGCAAUGAUCUGUUCAUUCUUAGAAUGUCAUCAGAGGGAUACAUCCUUCAGCUGUAGGCCUACAUGAAUCCCACUGACUGAUAUGCAAUUGUCUGUUUUCACGUUCAUUAAUAAAAUGCAUGUUAUGAGAAA